CCAGGCGGCGGCAGUGGCGGCGGCGACUCCUCCGUGUCCGACUCCAGCUCCGGCUGUAGCUCCGGCCCGCGAUGCCCCAUUCGGUGACCCUGCGCGGCCCUUCACCCUGGGGCUUCCGCCUGGUGGGCGGCCGGGACUUCAGCGCGCCCCUCACCAUCUCGCGGGUUCAUGCUGGAAGCAAAGCGGCCCUGGCUGCCCUGUGCCCGGGUGACCUGAUCCAAGCCAUCAACGGUGAGAGCACAGAGUUCAUGACACACUUGGAAGCUCAGAACCGCAUUAAAGGCUGCCAUGAUCACCUCACACUCUCCGUGAGCAGGUACAGGCCUGAGAACAAGAACUGGCCCAGUGCCCUUGACGACAAGGCUCAAGCACAUAGGAUCCACGUUGACCCUGAGUCUCAGGAUGGCAGUCCAGCGACCAGCAGGCGGUCCUCAGUCUCUGGGACUGGGCUGGAAGACAACAGAUCCGGCCUGGGAUCUCCAUACGGUCAGUCACCUCGCCUUCCGGUCCCUCACAAUGGCAGCAGCAAUGAGGUCACCCUGCCAGCCCAGAUGAGCGCUCUGCAUGUGUCUCCUCCACCUCCCAGUGCUGACACAGCCAGGGUUCUCCCUCGGAACCGAGACUGCAGGGUGGACCUGGGUUCAGAGGUCUACAAGAUGUUGAGGGAACCAGCAGAGCCAGCGGCCUCGGAACCCAAGCAGUCCGGAUCCUUCCGCUACUUGCAAGGCAUGCUUGAGGCUGGCGAAGGCGGGGAGCGGCCUGGGUCUGGUGGUCCCAGGAACCUCAAGCCAGCAGCCAGCAAGCUGGGUGCUCCGCUGAGUGGCCUGCAGGGGCUACCAGAGUGCACGCGCUGUGGCCACGGGAUUGUGGGAACCAUCGUCAAGGCAAGGGACAAGCUCUACCAUCCCGAGUGCUUCAUGUGUAGCGACUGCGGCCUGAAUCUCAAGCAGCGUGGAUACUUCUUCCUGGAUGAACGACUGUACUGUGAGAACCAUGCUAAGGCGCGGGUCAAGCCACCAGAGGGAUAUGAUGUGGUGGCCGUGUACCCCAAUGCCAAGGUGGAACUCGUCUGAGCUGGGAAAUCCUGCCUCGCCUGCUUCAUUUAGUGUCCCCUCAUGGCCCGUGUAAAUAUAUGUCCUCCCGGCCUCUCUAAUAAAGUCCUUCUGCUUGCCCUGGAACCAGCUGGUGUCUGGCCUGCCAACCUCCAGUACAGGCCAAGGCUCCAGUGUCCUGUAAGGUCAGUUCAGGUGCCAGGCCUGUCCUACACACGAGGUUCUGUGGUGAGCCAGACAGGCUUCAGGUUGGAUGGCAGACUAAGUCACAAGAGAUAGCUCCAUUAAUACGGAGGUCUGGGGCUGCGGUGUAACAAGGAGUUUGGCCUGGGUGAGGUCAGGAAAGAUGACAGCUGAGAACCAAGAGAUGAGGGAGGCAAGCGUUCGCCACAGAGUCAGGAACUAUUCAAAGAUAAGCAUGGACCAUGAAGGUCUUGGUAUGCCUGUUGUCAGCACGAGUGGUUAGAGGUGGCCCCUAGCAACCUCCCUGGGUGGUACCCACUUCCUGAUUCUCUCUCUUCCCAGGUUCUUCCAUCCUUUCUGUCCACACAAACUCAUCACCACCACCAUUUCCCCGCAUCUUUCUUCAUCCUCCCACUAGGGGGCAUGCUUGAUUCUUCCAUGGUGAGACAAAAG